AUGUCUAAAAGACCUGAACAUCAAGCUCCACCUGAACUGUUUUACAAUGACGAUGAGGCAAGAAAGUAUACACAAAAUUCCCGAAUCAUUGACAUUCAAGCUCAAAUGACAGAAAGAUGUAUUGAAUUGUUGUUAUUACCUGAGGACACACCAUGUCUUCUGCUGGAUAUUGGCUGUGGAUCGGGCUUAUCUGGUGCAGUGCUUGAAGAAUAUGGACACAUGUGGAUUGGCUUAGAUAUUUCUCCAUCUAUGUUGGAUGUUGCAAUAGAAAGAGAAACAGAAGGUGACUUGAUUCUUGCAGAUAUGGGUGAAGGAGUGCCUUUUAAAGCAGGUAGUUUUGAUGGAGCAGUCUCUGUAUCUGCUCUCCAGUGGCUAUUCAAUGCUGAUAAAAAAUCACAUCAACCAGUCAAGAGAUUAUAUAAAUUUUUUAGUUCCUUAUAUGCUUCAUUGUCAAGAUCAGCAAGAGCAGUCUUCCAAUUCUACCCAGAAAAUGAAAAUCAAUUGGAUCUUGUGACAGCUCAGGCUAUGAAAGCUGGUUUUUAUGGUGGUGUUGUCAUUGACUUUCCUAAUUCUGCCAAAGCUAAAAAAUUCUUCCUUGUGCUUAUGACAGGAGGUGCUGCACCAUUACCACAAGCUCUAGGCACAGAUGAAAGUGAGAAUUCUUUGCAAAUUAAAUAUGCAAGAAGAGAAGCUUCUAAAGCAGCAAGAGGCAAACCUUUAAAAAACACAAGAGCUUGGCUUCUGGAGAAGAAAGAAAGAAGACGAAAACAGGGUAAAGAGACUAAACCAGACACUAAGUACACAGGACGAAAAAGAAGUGGGCGUUUU